AACAUGUCCUAAAUCGCUUUCCGUAGUUAUUUUGCGACCAAUAAGACGUAUUUGCCAGGUCAGACGAUUUAUAAGGAAGCCAAAAGUCAACUCUCGGCGAUGCCCAGCACAGUUUUGUGUGGUGGAGGCCGACUGGUCCGUUCUCAGACUCUCGGUCGGCAAAUUUUAGCGGCUCUGAAGUUGGGUAGAGUCAGAACAUUCUCUACUGCAAACCCAGAUGAACCUUACAUAUCUGUCACACACACAGAAUCAGGCCCUCGGACUGUGUGGCCCGAUGAGAACAUGGGACCUUUCGGACCUCAGGACACACGCUUCCAAUUACCAGGCAAUGUCGGCUUUGACAGCCAUCUGGACGGCUUGGAAGAGAAGAAAUCUCCAGUCGACAGGACUGUGCCUGAUGUACUAACAGCCCCGUGCAGCUCAGAGAGACAACAGUUCAUCCUAGCCCAGUUUGUCAACGAAUUUCAGGGGAAACUAGGCCCCAUAUCCAAGCGCGUCCACAAAGCUGAGCAGUACUUCAAUCAAACAGACACUGAUUGCUCCAUAAGUUCCUGUCCUGAGCUGUUAAGGAAAGAUUUGGAGCUUUUGUUCCCAACAGUGCCCAAUACUUCCAUCACAGUUGUGACGGUCUCACAGAGGAGCGGUCGCUACAAGGGGGCGGAGCUAGACAGAGAGCAGUUACUCAGAAAAUUUGUGAGCGGUGCUAAGGAGAUGUGUUUUGCACUGUGGACCGCAGGCUACUGGGCUGACUUUAUCGAUCCAACAACAGGAGAAGCUUUCUUUGCAUCCCCGCUUCGUUCAAGUUCAGGCCAAACAGGAGAGGAGCCACGGCAUUCUGGCUUCCGCAUCGAGAUGUCGGGCUCCUGCACGGUUAUCCGACACAUUCUGAGAGGAACACCUCAGUUUGUGGGGACGGUUUUCACCAACGCACCGACCCACAGCGGUGCCAUCACGCGACUACAAGGACUCUCACAUGGACUGGAUGAUGAGGCUGAAUAGUUUUCUUGGUGCUCCAAGUCCAUCCAAUGUUGUGAAAAGGCUUGACAAAGAAGAGCGUGUGUGGUUUUUAUUUGUCUGUGUAAAGUGCAUCUACCACACUGCUACUGAGCAAGCGGGCGAGACUGAUCCUGAGCAACUCUGUGCUGGCCCUGCAACCGCCCUACACUGCAUCCUCGCACCUGCACUACGACAGUUGGCCUUUUAGGAGGCAUCACCAGGAGAUUUUAGCAGGCAGGGUGUCAGUCCUCAAGGUUAGAGACAACUUGAAUCUUUAGCAGUUUUCAAAGUCUGAUCUGACAAAUUAUUUAUGGAUUUAGGUGCUGAACCAAUAAAGUGACCCCAACCUGCACUGAUAAA